AUGCCUCAGGACGCAGAUUUUCUGAGCCCACGAGGCCUCCUGGUCGACGAUGACUUCUGCUUAAAGCUGGCCACAUUUCGCACGCUGGCCGGAGUCAUUCAGGCGACGGAGAGCCUACCAAGCGACGAUGAUUCCUUCAGCAGUACGCUGGCUUCUCGGACAACGGCUAUCAGAUUCAAACUGGGCCCAAUCGCCGACGAGUUUAUGACGGUCCGACAAGUCGCCGCGAAUCUUUAUGGACAGUACGAGUACACAGGCUACGUGUGUGACAGCGCUCUGGCUCUUUGCUCCACCGCACCUGAUGAUUAUGACAAGAUAUUCGCCGACUUCGAAGCCCUGCGGCAGGACCCCACCAACGACGACCUCCGCGACCGCGUCCAGCAGGAGGUGACCGACCGGCUCAACGCCGUACAGAUUCUCUGCGACCAGGCCAACAGCUAG